CCGUUGUUGUUGUUUAGUGGAAGCUAACUAGCCAUUAGCUCUUGUGUCGGUUGCUCGGGGGAAGAUGUCUGUGGAUGUGUCUCACGCUCCGCGGUCUGUGCUGGUCUGUGAUCGAUCCUCUUUCCUGGAUGGGAAGAACCGGAUCAGUUCUCAGCUGCAGCAGCUGCACUUCAACUACAAGGUGUCCAUGCUGCUGCCUGAGUGUAGCUCCGCCCCCUCUCACCUGGACUCUGUUUUGAAAAGCUUCAACAGUUUCUACCUGAUCAGGAACAUGCCCAUAUGUGAACUGCUGGAUAAACACUUCCUGGAGACCUCCGUGUACCACGGAAGUGUGUCCGGUCUCUCGCACAGAACCAGGAUCGAUGAAGAUAACUGUGUUGCUCUGAUGCCGAACGGUCGACUGUUUCUCUCGCUGGACAAACAUUCCUUCCAGGUGUUGGGAGUUGAGGGGAAACCAUCGAAGUUCAACCACAGAACAAAGAACAGAUUUGUUGUAUCCGUGGAUCUGACUGACAGCAGCAUGGCUCCUGGUGGGCGGGGCUAUGUCAGACUCCUCACAGGUCUGAGGUCACGACUUCCCCUGAGGAGCGACUUCCUGCUGUCACAUCAUCCAGAGGGUGGAGCCUCUCUGCAGCCCCUUCUGUCGCGUUAUGAUUGGUCGGAGCACAGACCUGAGAUCAGCAGUCAGGUCUUGAAACACCUGUCCUGUCCCGCCCUGCUGUCCUCUGACCUGCAGCCAGAUGAUGCUCACAGUUGCCUGGAGUGGCUGGGAGCCGUGGACGCCGACAUCAGCUGUGAGAACUCGUCCAGCAGCUUCCUGUCCUCAAUGGUCUGUCCGGAGCCGAAGACAACACUGAGUCGAGCUCUGAGGGUCUCCAUCUGUGGACUGCUGCUUCCUCAGGAUGUCCAGCGGCUCGUCCAGGAGCUCAGGUGUCACCUGGAGCAGCCUCGACUGGCACCCUGGGCGUCUCUGACGGUUCACGGUUUCGUUGACAGUCCUGUAUCUUGGGGGGAUGGUGAGCACGGAGUCCUGACAGGAGGAGAGAACUUCUACAACCUGCUGAUGUUCCACGACCACACCUACCAUCUUCACCUGGCUACAGGGGCACAUGACACCUGUCCACCAUGAUGAUGUCAUCAGCGAGCGCCUGCCUUGAUCUUUGAGCUGUUUUUGUUUAACUUUAAUCAGGUUUCGUUGUAGAAACUUGUUUCCCGUCAAAUGUCUCAAACUAAAUAACUGAUUAAAAUAAAAUCAUUUAGACAAAAUGAAAUAAAAUCUGAGUUUUAAAAAGAGGAUCAGAUUUUUGAAUGU